AGUUCAGCAACCAAGCCAGCUAUUUUUGGAACAGCUGAAUAUUAAACAAGCAAACUUGGCUACAGAAUGGACUGCAUAAUCAACCAGCACUACUAAUGCAGGAUUAAAACUGUGGAUUUGAAAUUACUGUAUCUGGCUCUUAAAGAAGAAAAUAUUUUAAAGGGACCUCAAAAAGGAAAUACCAAAUAGAUUAAGGACAACAUACUCGUUAGUUAACUGUGAGUGAAACUCAGCCAUGGAGACAGAUUACUCUAUAUAGCAAUCAAGGCAGAGACUGAUUUACAUAUUAUAUGCUACUACUACAUACUAUAUUCAGAAGCAGUUUUUUUAUUGACUGCUGCUAAAAUAUUUGAGUUUUGGCACACACAAAAAAAAAGUUUAUUAAUUGAUUCUCAAAGCCAUUAUUAUAAAAUAUUUUGGCAUAACCAUUCAAAGAUUGCAUGGCAGAAAACAUUACUUUUACCAUUAUAUUUUAUUGAAGCUGUAUUUUUAAUUGCAAAUUGUAGAGUUGCUAGGAUUUAAUUUAUUGAUGGUAUUUACUUAUUUUAACAGAGUGAUAGAACUGUAUGUCAGAUAUUUAAUAGUGUCAUUUUUACAUUGUAUGUGCUUUGUUCUUUACAUAUAUGUGCAGGCAAAGGUUAUGUAGAGCAUUAACCUUUUAAUCUUUAUUUACUCGAAGAGUCAUAUCUACCUCUUAAAGAAGAGAUUUCAGUGACUAUUUAUACUGUUCUAAAAAUAAAGAAAGAGGAGAAAGCUGCAUAGCUUUUGUAUUCUAUCUACAUUAUUUUGAAACAAAUAAAAUAAACUUUAUUUUAAAAAAUCAUUACAUUACAGCUUUGGUUGAUAACACAUAAGUGAAAGUUUACUCAGGUUAUAUAAUAUUUCAUUAUGCAUUUCAGAUUAAUAAUAAAUAAUUAUUGAUCAUGUACACAUAAAGAAAUUUCAAGGCGUUAAAAAUGGAACCAUUGAGUGAUGCAGUCCUUGAGGUUGGACCAAGAAUAUUCCAUGUAGAUAGAUCAGUUCUGGCUGAGCAGAGUAGAUAUUUCUAUGUUUUGUUUUAUGGUGGCUUCAAGGAAAAUACUCAGCAUCGAAUCUGCCUGAAGGGGGUAGCAGAGGAGUCAUUCCAGGCACUCCUAAAUUUCACUCAAAAUGGUAGCAUGAACCUAAACAGAAGAAAUGUCACAGAACUCCUAGAAACUGCAGAUUUCUUGGAUUUACAACGGGCUAAGAGAUUUUGUGUGGGAUACCUAGAACAUGAAUUACGAGUCUCCAAUUGCUUCGAUAUGAUGUCAUACUCCAAGCAAUAUGAUUGCCCAGACCUUUAUGAUUCAGCUUUUAAUGUGGCAUUAACUCACUUUUCUGAUAUCUUGUACCAUGAGGAAAAUGAAUUUAACUGGCUUGAUAAAGAAACCCUUGUGGAACUUCUACAAUCUGAUGAUCUGUUUGUUUCAAAGGAAGACAUAGUCUUUGAGGCUGUAAUGAAGUGGGUCAUGGUAGACCCUGAUAGGGAAAAGUACUUUGAAGAGCUUGUGUCACUGGUGAGACCAGCCUUCCUUAGCUUAUCUUUCCUUGAUGUCCUAGUGAAGAGGAGCCAGAAUCCUGGAGGCCAGGAUGCCUACACAAGAUUAGUGCAAACACUGAACACAAAGCCCCCUGAGACAUGGAGCUCCAUGGAUGAGGCCAUAUCUAGCAGCCGAAGUUAUGAAACUUUGUUUGUUCUUGGGGGAAAACAUGAAAAGGAACAACAGGAACUUUAUGCCUAUCUACCUAAAACCUCUACGUGGAAAGUAUGUGCACCCCUACAGCGUAAAAACCUUACCCAGUAUGCAGUGGCAACAGUAGGCAACUUGGUAAUUGUGACAGGUGGUUUCUUCAGAGGAGACUUUGUAUGGUACAGUAUAGACUUGGUAGCCAUUUAUGACUCUUCCCUUGAUUCCUGGUCUGAUGGCCCACCCAUGAAUAUAUCUCGUAACUGCCAUUGUGCUGUGGGAGUUGGACUCCAGCUGUUUGUAAUGGGAGGAACCACUGAUGAAGGUGUAACUGGGGAAGUAGAGAGACUGGACCUGGUGGAGAUGAAGUGGGAGAGUAUGAGCCCACUCAUGAGACCCGUGGAAAGAGCAGCAGCCACAAGCCUUGGCACCUACAUUUAUGUCAUAUGUGGCCGUGAUGAAAAUGGCGACGUCUACAGCGGCAUACAGAGACUAAACACUGAGGCAAAUGACUGGGACAUCGUUUCUUAUUCUCCAAUGCCACGGUAUGAUAUCUGCUCUACGGUGCUUAAUGGAGCCAUCUAUACUAUAGGGGGUCAAGCUUUUCGGUUUAAUCUGAGUACAGAAGAGUGGUCUGAGCUUGAAGCACAAUGCCUCUACCGCAAGUUUUUUAUGGGUUGCAGUUCUGCCAAUGGACGCAUCUACAUACUAGGGCAGAGGAGGGCAAGAAUAACUAAUGAUGUCCCCAGUUUUAUCCAGUUUGACCCAUACCUUGAUAGCUUCAAGGUGGAAGAUACUAACCUACCCUGCCCAUUGCCAAUCCGUGGGUGCGUCUCAAUGAGACACUGUGAUGUUUGCUGAUGGACCAGCAUCAGUAGUAUUUUGAUGGAGCUUUUAAUUUAGAGCUUCACACUAUUCCAAGUGGAAAACAUAUAUGUUGUUGCCCUUCUAGAGUUUAGUAACAACUGUUUAGUUGGGAAGGAAUUUUAAUAAAGAUAUGGUCUUUUGAAGAAACUUUUGAUUGGAGGAAAACGUUCUACCUUUUUGGUUACUGUGUCCUCAGGCAAAGAGAAUGGGAACAGGAAUAUAGAAUUUAAAAAAGAAAACAAUACUGAAAAUCAUUAUAGACAUUAUUCUUGAAUGUGUGUUGUCAGAUUUAGUUUAAGAAAACAUGAAUAUGUUUAAUAGCUAAUAUUCCAUAUUAGUUUAUCAUUGAAGUGGAGCAUGCUGUGUGGUUUGGAUAAUAAAAAAUGUAAAGUUGGCUAAAGAAAA